UUACCAGCUAAGUACCCUGUUUUUGAUUUGGUUAAUUCUCUUGCUCUGCUCAGCCAUCGGAGUCGUCGCAGUCGUGGUGUUAGGCGCGUUUGUCGUGGGGGCGCUCUUUUACAUGUAUAGAUGCGCCAAGUGGUGUCUCAAGAGAUCGCGCUCUAUGGACGAAUCAACGGUGGCAGCGGCGCCGGCGGCGAUGGCGACGACGAUGACACAGCACUAUGCGGUGUUGCCGGACGACGUGAUGAAACACGCCACUGUCGAGAGGUUUCUCGGGGAGAUCGCCGGCGAGAGGCCCAUCCGGUUCACUCUGGAGCAGCUCUCGGGGUUCACGCAUAACUACUCGGCCCGGCUUGGCUCCGGUGGGUUCGGCGCCGUAUACAAGGGCAUGCUCCCUAACGGCCUCCUUGUCACCGUGAAGCGCCUCCACGCCACCCACGACGAGAAGACUUCCCAGGGGCAGUUCAUGGCGGAGGUGGGCACCAUCGGGAGGACCCACCACAUCAACCUUGUCAGACUCUUGGGCUUCUGCUUCGACGACACCGUGCUCGCCCUGGUGUACGAGUUCAUGGACAAUGGCUCGCUCGAUGCCUACCUCUUUGACCGGGGUCAUGUCGUCGGCCUCCCUAAACGUCGUGACAUUGCUGUCGGCUUUGCUAGGGGCUUCCGGUACCUACAUGAGGAGUGCAGGCAGAAGAUCAUCCACUACGACAUCAAGGCCGGGAACGUCCUCCUCGAUAGCGGCCUCACACCCAAGGUGGCUGACUUCGGGCUAGCGCGGUUGGUGAACCGCAUGGACACACAUGUCUCAGUGUCUUGUGUUCGUGGCACCCCUGGGUAUGCCGCACCCGAGAUGUGGAUGCAAUCGGGCAUCACGGAGAAGUGUGAUAUUUACAGCUUCGGCAUGCUACUACUGGAGAUCAUCGGUCAGAGGCGAAACUUUGACCAGACCAUGACGGAGAGCCAGCAGUGGUUCCCCAAGCUGGCAUGGACCAAGUAUGAGACUGGUGAGUUAAUGAAACUCGUUGUGCCGCUGGCACACUGUGACCAGAAUGGCGUGCCUGCGGCGAAUGAGGUGCCCCAACCACAACUAUGCAUGGAGCUGUGGGAGAGGAUGUGCAAGGUGGCAUUCUGGUGCGUGCAACAACAGCCGUCAGUGAGACCACAGAUGAGUGAAGUGGUCAAGAUGCUUGAGGGUGAGAUGGACAUUGCUGGGCCGGCAAACCCAUUCCAACAUCUGGCACUAAAAUGA